AUGGGUCAUACGAGCCUUCGAACAGUAAUUGUCUUAGAUACAUUAGUAUCUCUAGGAGCGCAGUGUUUUGAUGGCUGCACAAGUCUUGAAUACGUCAAAUUUUCAUUGAAUGCUACUAAUAUCCCUGUUAGUGCCUUUUCUGGAUGUACAAAUUUAAGAGAAAUCAUUCUUCCACCAUAUUUAGAGUCUAUUAGUUCAAACGCAUUUUACAACUGCUAUAAUCUAGAACGAUGUGAAUUUCCAUCAACCUUAAAAAGAAUAGAUAGUAAUUCAUUUCAAUAUUGUUCCAAUCUAAAAACUAUUAAAUUCAUAUCCCCUGUUGAUUUGAUUGGUCAAAAUGCAUUCUACAGCUGUUCAUCUCUAGCCAGUAUUGAAUUUUUGUCCCUUGUAACUUCAAUCUCAUCAGAAGCUUUUUAUCAAUGUCAGCAAUUACAAAAUGUCACAUUUUAUAAUGGUGUUCUCUCAAUUUCCAGCAAUGCUUUUCAAAACGCCUACAUUGAAAAUCUGACAAUUAUCGGCCAAGUUGACUCAUUGGGAAAAUUUACUGGAGGCAAAUUGGGAACGGUUAAUCUUUCAAGUUCAACUCUCACAUCUUUGAAUUCAGAAGUUUUUAAAAGUAUCUCGAUUACAAGCAUUUAUUUGCCAGUAACUCUUCAGAAUAUUGGUGACGAAGCGUUUAGAAGUUCCACUGUUGGAAAUAUGAUAUUCCAGCCAGGUUGUUCAUUGGUAUUGGGUGAUCAUUGCUUCAGAGAAGCCAAAAUUAAUUAUGCUAUAUUUCCAAAUAUUACUUCGAAACCAUCAUCUUCAAUUUACAAUACAAGAUUUGGAACUGUAACAUUCACACCAGAAGUUGUAACUAUCCCAUCAAGUUUAUUUAGAGAUACAUAUAACUAUGAUUAUAACAACUAUAUAUCAACUCUUAUCAUACCAGAUACAGUAGAAACAAUUGAAUCAUAUGCUUUCUAUUACGAUCACAUUACUAAUCUUACACUUGGAAGAGGCUUGAAAAAUAUUAAUGACUAUGCAUUUUAUCGAAAUUCUUUCACAAAUGUUACAAUUCCUUCAACACUGAUGACUACUAUUAAGCCAUACACGUUUGCAAAUUGUUAUAGUUUGAGAUACGUCACUUUGCCAGAUACCAUUCAAAUCAUUGAUAGUUAUGCUUUUAAUGGUUGUCCAUUAAUAAACAUUACUAUUCCAAAUGAUCUUAAAUCAAUUGGAUCGUAUGCUCUCUCAGGUUCUCUGUUCACAAAUUUAACUGUUCCACCAAACUUUUCAAGAUUCUAUGACAAUGCUUUGACAGGAACAAGUAUCAAGUACUUGAUUUAUCCAAUCCACACAAUUUUAGGAGCAUAUACAUUCGCAGGAAGUACAAUGACAUCAUUAGAUAUCCCAGAAGGUGUCAAAGAAAUUCCAGAUUAUUGCUUUGUUGGUUCAAAUAUUGUUUAUCUCAGAGUACCUUCAACACUGAAGAAAAUAGGUCAAUAUGCAUUCUCAAAUUCAAGAAUUGAGAAACUUUUGUAUUAUGAUCAUAUAAUUGAUAUUCAAGAAGGAGCAUUUGAGUAUACGCAGAUCAGAAAAUUUGAUUUUCCUGAAGGAACAACAGUAAUUAAAGGCCGAAUGUUCCGACACAGUUACCUAACAGAGAUCAAACUUCCAAGUACAUUAACAUCAAUUGGUUAUGAAGCAUUUUAUAAUACAUCAUUGUCAUAUAUUGAAUUUCCUGACUCAUUAACAUCUAUUGGAUCUUCUUGCUUCGUCUUGACAAAUAUCACUCAUUUCGAUUUUCCUCCAAUGUUAUCUUCAAUUGGAGACUACAUUUUCAAGGAUCUUAAUAUCACCAAUUUUACACUUCCACCAACAUUAACAUCAAUUGGAAGUGGAGCAUUCGCAAACACAUCAAUAACAUACAUCGAACUUCCAGAAGGAUUAAGCACAAUAAAUUCAUAUACAUUCAGAGAUACACCAUUAUCAAACAUUAGUCUUCCAAUUUCUCUAAGAUAUAUUAAUUCAAAUGCAUUUGCUCGUACACCAAUUACAUAUUUAGAUCUUCCAGAUAAUUUCUAUGAAUUUGACUCAUAUGCAUUAGCUAAUUCAAAUAUUAGAGAUUUUAGACCUCCAAGUGGAUUGAGAUAUAUUUAUUACAGAGCUUUCCAAAACUGUCCAGUAAAGAACAUAACCCUUCCAAAUGGAUUAUCUCAAAUCGACUCGGAGGCAUUUAUGUAUUCAAAUAUUGUUAAUAUCACAACACCACCAUCAUUACAAAUAAUCUAUAAUGAUGUUUUCGCAUAUUGCCCAGUUCAACAUGUUGAUUUGUGGGAAGGAAUGACAUAUAUUUAUCAAUACGCAUUUAGAAAUAGCAAUAUCACAAAUAUUACUUUGCCAAGCACCAUAACAUAUAUUGAUAGAGAAGCUUUCUUUAACAGCACAUUACAAUCAAUUACUUUCAACAGUCCAGUUGAGUUUUAUUCUAAAGUAUUUGCAUAUACUCCAAUGGAAUAUCUCAAAAUUCAUGAAAAUGUUACUACUAUUUAUAGUUAUUCACUAGCUUAUACUAAUUUGAAAGAACUUGUCAUUCCAGAUACAGUUACAUCCAUUGAAAAAUUUGCAUUCUAUUAUACUAAAUUACCAAAUAUUACAUUGCCAUUUAAUUACACUCAUAUUGUAGAAUCUACCUUUGAAAGUGCAGGAAUUAAAUACUAUACAAUCACAUCAAACAUUACAACAGUAGAAAGAUAUGCAUUCAGAUAUAGUGGUGUUCUCAAUAUAUCUUUACCAUCAAAUAUUACUAAUUUUGGUGAAAAUGUCUUCGAAGGAUCCGAUAUCGAAUACAUCGAACUUCCAGAGAUAUUCCCAAUUAUCCCAAUAGAGACAUUCAAAAAUUCUAGUCUGAAAGGUAUCAAAAUUUCCAACUCAACAACUUUGAUUCAGGAAAGAGCUUUCUGGGGAGUUCCAAUGACAAAUAUAACUAUAUCUGAUUCAGUGACAUAUAUUUCUGAGUAUGCUUUUGCAUAUUCGAACUUAACUCAUAUUCAUCUUGGUGCAAACCUUGUAGGACUUGGACCUUAUGUCAUCACUCAUACACCAAUGACAGAAAUAGUUCUUAAUGAAAACUUCAACUAUUUCAAUAAUUCUGCUUUGAGUGAAUCAAAUAUCACACAUAUUACAUUAUCAUCACAUAUAAAUAGCCUUGGUAGAUACACAUUUAGUGAUACAAAGCUUGAGUAUAUAAAUAUUCCAGAAGGAUUGACACAAAUUGUUGAUUACGCAUUUGCAAAUAGUUCAUUGAUUGAAAUUAAUUUGUCAUCAACUGUUCAAACAGUUGGAACAUGGGCAUUCUCUAAUUCAUCAUUGAAAUCAAUUAAAUUCAAAGAAGGAACUACAACUAUUGAUAACUGGGCGUUCUCUGGAUCUAAAUUAGAACAUAUAGAAUUACCACAUUCACUUACAUAUGUUGGAUAUUAUGCGUUUGCAGGAAUUCCUUGCGAAAACGUCACAUUUUAUGAAAAUUUCCAGCAUCUUGGAGAUAACGCUUUUGAAGAUAGUAAGAUAAAACAUGUAGUUUUCCUUAGUGUUUCAUAUAUAGGAGAACUUGCAUUCUAUAAUACAGGAUUACAAUCAGUAAAGUUCCCAGAAAGAUGCAACCAGUUAGUUAUUGAUUAUGGUGCAUUUUGGAAUUGCAAGAUGCCAGAUUUUAUUCUUCCUAAAGGAGCUAAUGUCCUUGGUAAAUUUGCUCUAAGAGGAGUAAGACUCUACAGACUCUUCUUGCCAAGUUCACUUCAAAUGGCUCACAAUUGGUCAUAUGUUGGUGCUCAAAUUGACCACGUUGAUCUAGAAGAAUAUGUAACGAAAAUCCCAGAUUAUUACUUCUCAUUAGGUGAUUUCUAUUCUUUCUCUCUACCUACGACAGUUAGAUACAUUGGUGAAUAUGCAUUCUUGUCAUCAUGGAUGAAAGAAAUAACAAUCCCUGCUGGAUGCAAUAUUUCACGAUAUGCAUUCCAUGAUUGCAAAGCAUUGAAUAAGAUAACUAUUGGUACAAAUUGUAUCAUCCAUAAAGAUUCAUUUAACUUCUGCAAUAACACAAAAGUCAUCGAAGUUUCCGAUGGAAUUACUUACAAAGAUAUGGCAUUUGGAGAUCUUGCAAAUAUCAGUUUAAUUUACAGAGGAACAAACGACAUCACUGAUCAAAUGACAAUAGAUAACUAUAAACAGAUUGCAGCAAAUGUCACAGUUCCAUGCAGCUAUACAUCUUCAACAUUUUGUGGAAUUAAUGUUAUCAAAAAAGAUGAAUGUUCAGAAAUAUAA